UGUGCCCGCAACCACCUUUGCUCUGCGGCAAAAACAUCUGCCCACUAUCCCCGUUCGAUCUCAGCCAUGGCCGCUCUAGAUUCCGAUUUCCCGAUGGUUCCCGCCGGUGAGGCUUCAAGCGCCACCGCUCCUUCCUCCUCAUCUAAGAAGCCCAAGCGAUUCGAGAUCAAAAAGUGGAGUGCUGUUGCUCUUUGGGCUUGGGAUAUUGUGGUGGAUAAUUGUGCAAUUUGCAGGAAUCACAUUAUGGACCUCUGUAUCGAAUGCCAAGCUAACCAAGCCAGCGCCACCAGCGAGGAAUGCACUGUUGCUUGGGGGGUCUGCAACCAUGCAUUCCACUUUCACUGUAUCAGCCGCUGGUUGAAGACUCGUCAAGUAUGCCCGUUGGAUAAUAGUGAAUGGGAGUUCCAAAAGUAUGGCCACUAGAUCUUCGAUGUUACCGGGUGCACACGUGGCAGACGAUCACACACGUUUUCCCGGUAUUCUUCAACCGAGUUGCGGUAAUAUCUUAUAUAGACAUUUGAUAUGCACCGAGUGUGACAUGGCAAAUAUAUGAGGAUUAUCUUUCUUGUGUUAGUUUCUCUUUGAACGUGGGUGCAUAUGAAUAUGUUUUCAUGUGAAUAUUAUUCCUCGGCUAAUCAGAUUGCUCGUGACAUUUAACCUUAUUGUUUACUUGGAUUGCUCUGUUGCCAACAUAAAUCAAAUGAUUUA